CGGCGCUGUUGGUUCUUGGCAUAGCUACGCUCUGUCGUUCAAUCUACAAUGUCGAGCGCUCUAUGCAGCCGUAACACGGGCAUCGCCCGCUGCGCGGUCUCUCGCCGCACCGUGCGUGUGCAAGCGGCCUCUUGGACCAAGGUUGGAAACACCUCUGAAUUGAAGUCUAAGGGCGGCAAGAAGGUGGUCGAAAUCAGCGGCCAGAAGGUCCUGCUGGUGGAGUCGGAGGGCAAGGUGUGCGCUGUUUCCAACAAGUGCAGCCACUUGGGCCUGCCGCUUGUCGGCAAGACCGCCAUGUUCCAGGCUGAGGUCAAGGACCGGUGUGUGGUGUGCCCCGCGCACGGCACCUACUUUGACCUGGAGACCGGCGCCGUUGAGGGCGAGUGGUGCCCCAAGCUGCCGAACCUGCCGCUGGUGGGCAAGGGCCCGGGCGCCAAGCCGCUGCCCACCUUCCAGGUGCGUGUCAGCGAGGCGGGGGACAUCGAGGUGCUGGCGUGAGCUACCGGUAGCAAGCAAAGGCGGUGCGGGUGGGUUAGCAGCCCAUCAUGGCACGGGCGAGUUUGAGCAUGCACGCGGCGGACACGCGCACUUGGUGGCUCGUGGCUGGCGUGAUGGCGGCAGGCGGGUGGGAGGAGCGGCUUUGCCGGGGGAGCGGUGUCGUGCAUGGUGUUAUCGCAUGGUGCUGGAGGAGCGCUAAGUGUAGGCCAAGCGGUGAUCGGGCCUUUGACGCACUGCUUGGGGGCUUAGAGCUCGAGUACCGUAGUUUUGAUUGGUUGAUUGUAUCGAGGUUCCGGCCUGUUUGAGAAGGGGUUUUCUCCCGACCAGUUUUGGGCUUUGUCGUGGUCGGGUUGUUCCCCGCUGCUGGGCCGUUGGAUUUACGAGGGAGGAUUAGUAGCGGUGCUGCUUGUGGGGUUCAUAGGCAGAGGUGGAGGAGGAGGCGGGCCUGGGGGCUCACACCUGGUUGUGGUGGGCCGCUGUGACUAACCAGGCGUGUAAGUAAGAUCCCUGCCUGCGGGGCAUUCGGAGUGCCAGGCGUUACCGUACCUGAGGGGCACAUUCGGAGACAGCAGACUGGCUGACCCCUGCAUUGCCGACGGGCUGCCGUCUGCGCCUUUAAUAAUUGCCAGUACUGCUGUCCAGGGCCGCUCUCCGUGUCAAGGUGGUGUACCCUGUGUAACCUUCGUGAUCUUGUUCGUGCCUGGAUGCCCAUGUUGAGUUGGGCCCAUGUCACCAAAGUCCAUUG